AUGCAUCUGAGCAGCAAACUCGUAGUGUACCUGGCUCUGCAGGCAGCUACUCUGCUCGUUGCACGGGAAAGUCGUGUCUGCCCACGCAGUUCUGGAGGGAUCACAUGGUCAGAUGGCCACCCUCGCUUCGGUAGCGGUGGUACCGAGCAGCAUGCCCCUGUCCUUCGACUGGCAGGAGCAGGGAGGGCAUGGAUUCGCAAGAAGGUCAAGGCAGCCGUCAAGAAAGAACGGCAGAGGAAGAAGAGGAACAUCGAAAACACCAACCUGCGGGCCUCAGUGAGACCAGACCCCAAGGCAAUCAAUAAGCAUGCCCUCUUGCAGAUCCACAUGGAAGAGAAAGCUCUUGAAUGGAUCCGAGGAGGUCGCAACCACUCAGAUAUGCCCGUGGUGGACCCUGUGAAGUUCUUUGAGAGUCUUGAACUUGCUCAAAAUCAGAGCAGUCUUGCCGUGGAAGGUGGAGAGGGAAAGGCGACAAUGACGAUUGAGCAGGCCAAAGAAGAGAAACGGGCGAGGACUAAUUCUCUCCUCGAGGAUGGAGAACCUAAGAAGCACAAGAAGCCCAAGUUGUCCUCGCCUUCACCCGAUGCCAUGGCUCUUAGGGGCGGAAGAGGCCAGAAACGCGGCGGUGGAGGGCAGAAACGAGGUGGAAGAGGCCGUGGAAGGGGUGCGAGCAGCAAGCCGCCUUUGCGAGGAAUGAGUGGUUCAAAUGUAGCAGAACAGGAGGGCUCGCAAGGGCGACAAGGGAUGCCUAGCAGCGCCUAUGAGAGAAGUGAUGAAAACCAACCAACCUCAGCCCUGGAGGACCACAUCGAAGCAGGCGGUAGAAGGAACGUGGGGGAAAGAGUAGGGAUGGCUUCAGCAUCUGCUGCCUAUACAUCCUCCAAAACUCAGCAGGAAUUACUGGGGAGGGAGGUUGAAGCUCCCGGCUUGAGGGAGCUGCCGGAGAAGACCAAGGAGGCGACGCUAGGAAAGCCGCCUGUACCCGAUCCCUCGCUGAUAAGGCCACCCCAGCCAAGCAGACGGGCAGAGCCAAGCAUGGGAGCCGAGCCGAGCAGCAGCAGCAGUCUGUCCGAGAGUAGCAGCGAGGUAUCAGACUCGUCCGCAUCCGCAGGGGCAGCCCAUGGCAAGAACGCCCCACCGGCUUCUCAGGUCACGGACCUAGGGGGUGCAGGGAUCCAGAGUGCGCAAGCGCUAAGGAAGGAGGUUGAAGCUCCCGGCUUGAGGGAGCUGCCGGAGAAGACCAAGGAGGAGGCGGAGGAGAAGACACAGGAGCAGGGGAAGGAAGCGACACUAGGACAGCCGCCUGUGCCCGAUUCUCAGCCAAGCAGACGGGCAGAGCCAAGCAUGGGAGCCGAGCCGAGCAGCAGCAGCAGUCUGUCCGAGAGUAGCAGCGAGGUAUCAGACUCGUCCGCAUCCGCAGGGGCAGCCCAUGGCAAGAACGCCCCACCGGCUUCUCAGGUCACGGACCUAGGGGGUGCAGGGAUCCAGAGUGCGCAAGCACUAAGGAAGGAGGUUGAAGCUCCCGGCUUGAGGGAGCUGCCGGAGAAGACCAAGGAGGAGGCGGAGGAGAAGACACAGGAGCAGGGGAAGGAAGCGACACUAGGACAGCCGCCUGUGCCCGAUUCUCAGCCAAGCAGACGGGCAGAGCCAAGCAUGGGAGCCGAGCCGAGCAGCAGCAGCAGUCUGUCCGAGAGUAGCAGCGAGGUAUCAGACUCGUCCGCAUCCGCAGGGGCAGCCCAUGGCAAGAACGCCCCACCGGCUUCUCAGGUCACGGACCUAGGGGGUGCAGGGAUCCAGAGUGCGCAAGCGCUAAGGAAGGAGGUUGAAGCUCCCGGCUUGAGGGAGCUGCCGGAGAAGACCAAGGAGGAGGCGGAGGAGAAGACACAGGAGCAGGGGAAGGAAGCGACACUAGGAAAGCCGCCUGUGGCCGAUUCUCAGCCAAGCAGACGGGCAGAGCCAAGCAUGGGAGCCGAGCCGAGCAGCAGCAGCAGUCUGUCCGAGAGUAGCAGCGAGGUAUCAGACUCGUCCGCAUCCGCAGGGGCAGCCCAUGGCAAGAACGUCCCACCGGCUUCUCAGGUCACGGACCUAGGGGGUGCAGGGAUCCAGAGUGCGCAAGCGCUAAGGAAGGAGGUUGAAGCUCCCGGCUUGAGGGAGCUGCCGGAGAAGACCAAGGAGGAGGCGGAGGAGAAGACACAGGAGCAGGGGAAGGAAGCGACACUAGGAAAGCCGCCUGUGGCCGAUUCUCAGCCAAGCAGACGGGCAGAGCCAAGCAUGGGAGCCGAGCCGAGCAGCAGCAGCAGUCUGUCCGAGAGUAGCAGCGAGGUAUCAGACUCGUCCGCAUCUGUAGGGACAACGCCGGCUGCCGCAGUGAGGAAAGGGGAGAAGUCGGGCGAAGCCCCGCCAGUUAAGCCUUUGAAUCCUCCAUCAGCUACUGCUGUGGAGAUCAAGACAGACGAAGCAGAGCAACGAGGCAGGUCUACGGCCCCAAAGACAAUGGGAAGUCAGAUGAAAAAAGUUCCAGUCGUGGGACCAACUUCAAUCCUUGAGACUGUCAGGAAACUCAAGACGACGAUGACCGGGGAGGGUCUGAGAUGUCCGCCUCUUUCUCUCAGGACGACGAUUCGGAAUCAAGCGAGAAAGUUGCACCGGAUCAUCUGCAUAGAAUGGUACCUCUAUGCAGUCAUCCUCUCAAUUCUUAUCUGCUGCAAGGUCACUACGGGGAAGCGAGCAUGUGCAGCAUUUGGGUUCUUCUUCGACAUAGAGGCGUCGGAGAACCACUCGGUAUGCAUUCAACAGAUUCUGACGGCUUCGUACAUCCUUGCAAAUAGAACUUUGAAGAUCAGCGCCUGGUGUACGCCUGGCCCUGACAACUACGGGCCCAUUCCCCUUGCUCGCCCCAUCACCAUCGCGAAAGGAUCCAAGAUGGGGUUUUGCAUCCAUACAGACCAUCCUUGGGGCAUCGUCCUACGAGCGCUCGUGCCUGCGUCCGCCGACUUCCCUGAAACUCUCGAGGGGUCAGGGAUGCAUAAGAUAAAUCUGGGAGAUGUAACGGACUCCAAUCUGCACGUGAAGCUCCGGGCGGGCAGAGUCCUCUCCAAUCCUCUUUCGACACCCUUCCAGUACGAUUUGCCUGCCAUUCCCUUCCCUUCUGACCGUUCCUUCUGCGCAUCAAUUACCCCUCCUUCCCUUCGGUUUGUCUGUCAGGCUGAGGAAGGAUACGGAGAUGGAUGCAUAUGGCCUCUGCGGUAUCAUCGAGUACAAGCUCCUGCCUGCUUGAGCGAUCUGAGGCCUGAGCUCUCCGAUCACCGAUGGAUGGGGAACUUGUGA